AUGGGCCAGUCAGCUUCGGCGGCCGCAAUCCCAAGUCGCCGUGAAAGCAACCGCGACAGCCAUCGCUCCAAGCCCAAAUCAACGGCUGCGAUCUGCCCCAUGGAGGCCGACGACGAAUCUUCUGAGAUCGUCAACGCGGCUUAUGACUUCAUCUCCGAUCUUCCCGACGAGUGCUUGGCUUGUAUAUUUCAGUCCCUCGGCUCCCGCGAUCGGAAACAAUGCUCUCUGGUCUGCCUUCGGUGGUUGAGGAUCGAGGGACAGAGCCGUCACCGUCUCUCCCUCGACGCCAAAUCAGAUCUCCUCCCUUUUAUCCCUUCUCUCUUCUCUCGCUUCGACGCCGUCACCAAACUCGCCCUCAAAUGCGACCGCAGAGCUGUUAGCAUCGGCGACGAAGCGCUCGCCCUCAUUUCUCUGCGCUGCCGUAACCUCACGCGCCUAAAGCUCCGCGCGUGCCGCGAGUUGACCGAUGCCGGCAUGUCGUCGUUCGCCAAAAACUGCAAGGCCUUGAAGAAGCUGUCGUGCGGGUCGUGCACUUUCGGAGCUAAAGGAAUGAACGCAGUGCUUGACAAUUGCUCGGCUCUGGAAGAGUUAUCGGUGAAGCGGCUUCGAGGCAUCACGGACGGAGCCGCAGCCGAGCCGAUCGGGCCCGGCGUAGCUGCCUCGUCGCUCAAAACGAUUUGCCUCAAAGAGCUCUACAAUGGACAGUGCUUCGGUCCUCUCAUAAUGGGCGCGAAGAAUCUGAGGACUCUGAAGCUUUUCAGGUGCUCUGGCGAUUGGGACAAGCUUCUCCAGGUGAUAGCAGAGCGAGUCACCUCCAUGGUUGAGAUCCAUCUAGAAAAGCUUCAGGUCAGUGACGUAGGCCUCGCUGCCAUCUCCAAUUGCUUGGAUCUGGAGAUUCUACACCUGGUCAAGACCCCUGAGUGCACAAAUGUAGGUUUGGUCUCGGUCGCCCAACGCUGUAAGCUUCUACGGAAGCUUCACAUUGAUGGCUGGAAGGCCAACCGAGUCGGAGACGAAGGUUUGGUCGCGGUGGCCAUGAGCUGCCCUAACCUACAGGAAUUGGUGCUCAUCGGUGUCAAUCCAACGAGAGUGAGCUUGGAGACUCUGGCUUCGAAUUGCCCAAACCUAGAGAGACUGGCAUUGUGCGGAAGCGACACCGUGGGCGAUGUCGAGAUUUCGUGCAUUGCGGCGAAAUGCGUAGCGUUGAAGAAGCUUUGCAUCAAGAGCUGCCCGGUUUCGGACAUCGGCCUCGAAGCGUUGGCCAGUGGGUGCCCUAAUAUGGUGAAAGUGAAGCUCAAGAAAUGCAGAGGAGUGACAGCGGAGGGUGCCGAUUGGUUGAGGGCAAGCAGGCCUGCGUUGGCUGUGAAUUUAGAUACAGGGGAAACAAUCCAAGACGCCAGUGCCAGUGACGGUGGGGCCAACGAUAAUAACGCCGUCGAAUUGCCGGCAGCGUUGGCCAUCCAACCGGUGUUUCUGGGUAUUGCGUCAUCGAGCAGUACGGGGCGGUCGACGACGUCGUUUAAGUCGAGGUUGGGACUAUUGACUGGGAGGAAUUUUGUGGUUUGCGCCCUGAGAAGGUGGUCAAGUCGGAAUAAUAGUUAG